GGGUCACCACCUGGAAGUAAAAUAAGAGAGGACCCCAGAGAUACACUGACGACAUUUAUUCUAGCAUAAGCUUUCGCGUACCAGAGCUUGUUUUACCGUUUGGAACUAAACCUUUUGAGUUCUGCGGUGUUACUGUAUGUAUUGCUCCCCAUGGGGCUAAAAGGAAACGGAAGCUGAAGCUGUUGAAGCGGCUGCCUGAAGUAGCCUGGGACGCUUUGCGAUGUCCAGCAACAACAUGGCGGAUCCGCGGCGGCCUAACCGCGUGCUCAGGUACAAGCCUCCAUCUACAGAGAAUAAUCCUACCUUGGAAGACCCUACACCAGAUUACAUGAAUCUACUGGGAAUGAUUUUCAGUAUGUGUGGCUUGAUGCUGAAGCUAAAGUGGUGUGCCUGGAUUGCUGUCUACUGCUCAUUUAUCAGCUUUGCUAAUUCAAGGAGCUCAGAAGACACCAAACAGAUGAUGAGCAGCUUCAUGCUGUCUAUCUCUGCAGUGGUGAUGUCCUAUUUGCAAAAUCCUCAGCCCAUGUCUCCUCCUUGGUGAAAGGAUAACACUUCUCCAUAGAGUUCUGCUCUUAUAGAGCAGAAAGUAGUCCUUGUUGAGGGGAGAGGACAUUUUUCUCAGGCAAUCCAUUUGCAUUUGCACAAGCAAAGUGUUGCAUAAUUUGGGAGUACUCAUUUAGAUGUCAAUAAAAUGAUGGCUAUUAAAAAUGCUUUGGGUGCAAUGCCAAA